UUCGUGAAACGCAGAAGGUGAAAAGCUACAAGAAGAUAUGUGUUUAAAGCAAAUAAUAUGCUUAUGGAAUUAUGAAAAUACAUUAUUUAUUUAUGUUCAAAUUCAAAGAUUAAUUCUUUGUUAAAAAAAACUUCGAAAUUACUAAAACAAUAUGACAUUAUGAUAUCUUUAUCCAUAAAAAAAGCUGGAGUGAAGUUAUUUUUAUUCAUUUGCAUAAGCAACGUGAAUGAAAUUGUAAUUUCAUCAGCUGAUCCGAAAAUGGAAAUUAAACUUAAUGUUACAGAGCCUUUUAUUGACAUUAAAGUAAACUCAACGAUCGUUAUAAAGUGUGAAGGACCGCAAUAUCUGUCAUGGGGUUAUAUUGAUCCAAUGUCUGAUGAUAAAGAGUAUGAAAAUAUUAGUGCUCCAGCCACAUGGAACAGCAAUGCAGUUGAAGAUGGCUACGAGAGCAUUAUUAGUUUACAUUUUACUUCUUUUUAUGAUACUGGGAGAUAUGUAUGUUACCAUGAAAAUGACAGAGCUUCCAUUUACAUUUUUGUUGAUGAUAAUUCUCAUCUUUUGAUACCACUGUAUGAGGAAUAUUUUCACAUUAUGACACUUCAUCAAGGUGUAUCAGCGACAAUACCAUGUCUUCCCACAGUUUCAAACACCAAAGUCAGUCUUUGGAAGCUAAAAGAUCUUGUUCCAACCAAUAAAAAUUUAAAGUACGAUCCGACGGUCGGAUUUGUUUUAAAGAAUCCUAGCAACUAUUUCCAAGGAAGUUUUCAUUGCAGUGCAGAAUAUGAAGACCGUUCUGCUAUGUUUAGCUUAGAAAUAGAUAUAUUGCCUGAAACUCAUUCUGUUCCUGAAAUUGAAAUUGAUGAUAGUAAUGCAAAAUAUGUAUUAGUAAAUUCAAAUUUUAGCCUGAAAUGUAAUGUAAAAGUCGACUUGGGUACUACUUUGGUUGAAAUGAAGUGGAUUUAUCCAGUAAAAGAUCCUGAACGAAUAAUUCUCAGCAAUAUUACCCAUACAAGAAAUAUGAGAGACAGAUUUACAACUGAGACUUUAACAGUAAUCAAUGUAGAGAAAGCAGAUGAAGGAACUUAUCAAUGUAAUGUAACGGAUCAUUCGGGAAAAACAAACUAUCAUGAAGUUAAUAUCUCUGUUUUUGAACUUCCAAAACAAUCCACUGUCAAUUUUAGCGUUGGAGUAAAUACCGUAAUUAAGAGAGUUGGAGAAAAUGUGCAAUUGAGAGCAAAUUACAAUGUUUUUCCAUACACAAAAGACAUUCGAAUUUUGUGGACAAAAAAAGGUCAACAGCUACCUUUAGUUAUUGGAAAAUACAUAACCAAGUCUACGGAUUUUGAAUUUGUUCUAGAAGUAUUCAACCUCACUAAACAUGAUUCAGAUGAUUAUAUGGUAACAGCAUAUGCUCCAGGAGGUUCUAGCAACAAAAUAUUUCAUUUAUUAGUUAAAGAUAAACCAUCUGUUAAAAUCCACAAUAUCACUUCCAACUGUUUUAUGCCUGGUCAAAAAAAGCAAUUUCUGUGCCAUGCUGAUGCAUAUCCUCCUCCAGAUGACAUUUUCUGGAGUUGGAAUCCAUUCAGCUUCGAAGACAAAUGGAACAAUUGGACGCAUCUUGAUGAUGACAAUUCGUUGGUUAAUAAUGAUUAUGUUUGGAUGAUGAAUGAGGAUGAUAAAGCUGCUUCGUCGCUGUUUGUUACAGCUCAUAAAUCGGGAUAUUAUAGGUGCAACGGAAAGAAUGAAAUAGGAGAUGCUUAUGAUCAAAUGCUAUUCAUUGUAACAGAUGUGAAUGACUGCUUUGAUUUGCAUGUUAGCGAAGAAUCACCUUUAGAAAUGGAUUCGUUUUCCCUGACUUGUGCAGCAAGCUCUGAUCUAUUUGAAAUGUUAACACUGACAUGGAUAUCAUUUAAUUAUAAUCAAUCUAGAGUUAUAUCAAAAGAAGAAUUAAAUAUCUUCAAUACCUCCAAUUCUAUUUCAAUAGAAUUGCAGAUUGAUUUUAUUACAAAAAAUGAAACUGGAGAAUAUAAAUGCACCGGCUAUAAGAGAUUGCAUAAUGAUACUGAAGAAAGAUCUGCUCUAGUAUUUGUUCGAGAAAUAAAGAGACCUUCAUUUGUUAACUCUAAUUGGAGUUCCGAGGAGCUUCUAUUAGCAUCAAAUUCAUUUCUGGAAUUGGAAUGUCAUGUUGAUGGUACUCCUUUUCCUACAGUUGUUUGGUACAGAGAUGGAAGUAUUAUAGAUGCUAAUAUUACCGGAGGGAAAUUCGAGGACCAGUUUCAGAAACUCAUUAUCUCACGUCUGGUUAAAGAAGACAGUGGAUUCUAUCAAUGUAAAGCGCAAAAUGUCGCUGGAACUGUUACUAAAAAUAUUUCCCUCUCGGUACUUUCAGAAGAUGGAAUUUUGCAAGUAUUUGAGCAGAGAGGAAAUUAUGAGUCCGCAAAGAAUUCGAUAAUCAUGUUAGCAGGAGUGGCUGCUGCUUUAAUUAUAGUAUUUAUUUUAAUUUUCGGAAGAUGGUUUUAUAGAAAAAAGUAUACAAUGCGAAAACUUCAAGGAUUUGAUCAUCAAUUAUUCAGAGAAGGUCGAUUGAGUUAUUAUGAUCCCAAUGUAGCGUUAGAUGACCAAGCUGACCUUUUACCAUAUGAUGAAAAUUGGGAAUUUCCGAAAGAUAAUCUCAAACUUGGUCGCACUCUUGGUCAAGGAGCUUUCGGAAGAGUUGUCAAAGCGGAAGCAUUUGGUUUGAAUGACUACGAAGUUUCAACAACGGUUGCUGUUAAAAUGUUGAAAAAGCAAGCUGAUUUGAAUCAGCAAAAAGCGUUGAUAGCUGAGUUAAAGAUUCUUAUUCAUUUGGGUCACCAUAUUAAUAUUGUUAAUUUAAUGGGAGCAGUGACAAGAAAUAUUCCACAAGGAGAACUUUUGGUAAUGGUGGAAUACUGUCGCUAUGGAAAUAUUCGUGAAUUUCUUCUGAGAUAUCGGGAUAACUUUGUAAAUGAUACGGAAUCAGGGUUUAAAGAAAUAUUUCGUACUCCGGAAGUUUCACGCAUGGAUAGCUUAAAGUCUUUUCGGGUAAAAGGUGAAUCAAUCACAUCUUCACAAGGUUCUACGUCAACUGGAAUGGCCUUAGACAAUCCAAGUUAUAGGGAACAACUUCAAAACGUAGAAGCAAAACCAUCUACAACGAUAUCAACUACAGGUCGUUCAAUGAGUUGUUCAUCUGAAUCUAGCAGCGUUUUUAGAAAUUAUCAUCGAGUUGACAGCCAUGAACAUGUAAUUUAUACAUCUGAUUUGAUUUGUUAUGCAUUUCAGUGCGCGUGUGGCAUGGAUUAUUUAUCAUCGAAAAAGUUAAUCCAUAGAGACUUGGCAGCAAGAAAUGUUCUCUUGGCAGAUGAUAAGGUGGUGAAAAUAUGUGACUUUGGAUUGGCUAAAGAUUGUUACAAAUAUGAAAAUUAUGUAAAACAAGGCGACGGUCCACUUCCAAUCAAAUGGAUGGCUAUAGAAUCAAUACGAGAUCAUGUAUUUACAACAAAGAGUGACGUAUGGUCCUUCGCAAUUUUGAUGUGGGAAUUUUUUGCUUUGGGGAGUAAUCCCUAUCCAGGAAUUGAAGUAGAUGAAGACUUCUACAAGAGAUUAAGUUCUGGUUAUAGAAUGGAAAAACCCCAAAACUGCCCUGAUGCUAUUUAUCGAAUCAUGCAAGACUGCUGGCAAGCCACUCCAGAAGCAAGACCAGAUUUUAAUGAACUCUCAAUUAUUCUUGAAGGUUUUGUGGACUCGGGAGUAAAACAGCACUUUGCUGAUUUGAAUGCCCCAUACAUGGAAAUGAAUCGCCAAAAAGAGAAGCAUGAUUAUUUGAACCUGUCAGAGGAUCAGCCUAACAAGAAUUCCUCCUAUAUAAAUGCCAAUGUUAAUCCAGCAAUGUUUUAUGAUCAAGUACCACGUGUAAACAGAUCAGUAUCAGAUUCAUCAGUAGUAAAGGAAGAUAUGGAAGUUCCAAUGAUUCAGUUGGAAACUAUAAAUGAAGAUACAGUAGAAUAUAAUCCAGCGCAUUUUGAAUCAAAUGCUGUUGUUCAAUUAUCUAACUAUUUAAAAAUGGACGAUAAUAGAGUCUAAAGUUUCAAGAGCGAGUUAUUUAAAAUCUAAACAUUUUGUUAAUCCUAUUAUUUUUGAAUGUAUAAUCCAAUUUGUAAUUGCAAAUUAGGAGUGAUAAUAAAUAAUUUGUGUAAAAUAUGA